AGUAUGUCAUCAAAAGCCUCUUCGCUGAAUUUGCUGUUCAGGCUGAAAAGAAAAUUGAAGUUGUAAUGGCUGAACCUUUGGUGAGUCCUUUUUGCUUUUUUUUUUUUUUUUUUUGGUAAUAUUCCUUGAAAUGAUUCUGUUUUUCUUUUUUCUUUUUUUUCUAAAACAAACUGAUAUAUCGUAUCUGUGGUAACUGAAGAAAACAUCCACAGGUACUGUCCACUUUUUGCAGGGAUUACUUCAGUAAUGAACAGGCCUCUGCAAACAGGAUUGCUACCUAGAUAAUGUUUUAUUGACUUCCUUCAAAACUGUUGGAAGUGGUUACUGGAAGUAAGGCCUCUUAGUAUUUAUAAGUUCUGUAGAAUUACAAAAGGAAAUAGUGACUACAAAAACUGUUCCUACAUUACUGCUACAAAGCAUGUUUCCUGUUGAUGUUCCUUUGAAAUAAUAUUUUUUUGAAAAUAGAAUUUCAAAGAAAGGUGCAUUUGAUGUGUUUGCCAAAUAAGUUAGCACUGACACUAACAUGUGAGGAACACAGUAUCCAGUAUAUAUUGCAGAUGAGGUAAAAUGCAAAAUUCUGUUUGUAAUCACAGAAUCAUAAAAUGCUUUGGGUUGGGAGGGACCUUAAAACCCAUCCAGUUCUACCCUCAUGCUGUGGGCAGGGCUGCCCCCCACCAGCUCAGGCUGCCCAGGGCCCCAUCCAUCCUGGCCUUGAGCGCCUCCAGGGAUGGAGCAUUCCCAGCUUCUCAGGGCAGCUGUACCAGUGCCUCACUGCUCUGGGUAAAGGAUUUUCUCCUAGCAUGUAAUCUAAAUCUCCCUCCUUUCAGUUUACAGCCAUUCCCCAUUGUCCUGUUAUUAUUAUAUCAUGUAAAAAGUCAUUUCUUCUCCUGCCGAUAAGCACCCUUAAAGUACUGGAAGGCCUCAGUGAGGUCUCCCUGCAGCCAUCUCUUCUCUGAGCUAAAGAAGCCUAGGUCCAGUCUCUGUAGGAGAGGUGCUUCAGCCCUCUGGUCAUCUUCAUGGUCUCUUCUGGGCCAUUUCCAAUAGCAUGUCUUUGUUGUAUUGGGAGCCCCAGACCUGGGUGCAGUACUUCAGGUGGAGCCUCACAGGAGCAGUGUAGAGGACCCCCCUCUCCCUGCUGCCACUCCUCUUUUGCUGCAUCCCAAGAUACAGUUGGCCUUCCGGGCUGCAAGCACACACUGCUGGCUCAUGUCCAGCUCAGUGUUCACCAGGACCAAUCUAGAUGGCAUGCUCUUGAAAUAAAUGGAUAUAUACUUUUUUAAUUGGAAACUAUGCUCAAUUGUGAUAUUUACUUUGCAUGAACUAUAACUCAGUAUCACUAUUGCAAAGUAUUUAACAUAUUUCCACUGCAUGACCAUGUCUUGGAUGUUUUCAUUAACUGCUGUUAUAGACUGUCCUCUCUCACAACACACCAGUGGGCAGUGAUCGUGACCAUGCUGUGCCAAAGGCAUGGGAUCAAGAUCAUGCUGUAUUAUGGGCACACUGACAAAUAAACCUUGGUUCUAGAUGUCAAUUUCCUACAAAUAGCUUUGAAUAGUUAUAAUAUUAAGAGUAUCCAUCCCAUGCUCCCCUGCCCUCUUUCCUGCAUAUAUGCAGUGAGCUACAGUCUCUGUACCAGUAUUUCUUGGGCAAAACAGGACAAGGGUGCACAGUAGUUUGGGCAUGCAAUGAAUUUGGGUGUUGAAAUCUGAAGACCUUUUAGUCAAAAGCUUAAAGAUAAAAAUAUUCUGAAACGUUAACUGAAAAAUCAACUAAAUUGAAAGGCCUCUAUGUGCAACAGUUGCUUACAGAAGCAUUUUUCAUUAUAAUGAGUAGUCCUAUUAAAGUAGAAGGCACGUGUGAGUGCUUGGACCCUAGUUUUGAAACUUUAUGAAUAUGUUAUAAGAGGCUGAAAACAAAAGGUAGAAAAAGAGGAACUAAACAUAUUUUAUGGUACCACUGACUGAAUUAUCUUCAGGUGAAAUCAUGAGUAGAUGAAAGGACGAGGAGAAGAAAACAUUUCAUUAUACACACCUAUUUAAGUAUACAUUGUGCGUAAGUAUACUUGUGUGUGUACCAGACAAGUACACAAUUUAAACAUAACUUUACUGUUUCCUUAUCGACAUUACAAUGAUUUAAGAGUUCAGGAGGGUUUGGUAAGAAGUUACAGCAGUAUUUGCAGGAAAGCACACAUAAAAAUACUCAAGGGUGAUUUCAGAAGGCACAGAGAGGAGAGGUGCGGAGUGGUGAUGCUGGCAGCAAACAGGAAGGUAACCAGUGAAUGCCGUCUGAGUAUCUUUUUACAACUUGUUUGUUCAACGUAGCAUUUGGCCAGGACUUUUGCAUCUAUAAUUCACAUGGACCAAAGAGCUCUUUUCCUGCAGAUGUAAUUGGUUUGGAGUUAAAUCUCUGAACUUAAAUACUGAAUAGCAUGGUAAGUGUAGUAGCUCUGGUGUACGCUUGUGCUGCAAAACAUGUCCGUGGAGUGGAUUAAGUGCUCUGCCAACAAUCUUGGGCUGUGCCUCCCUGCCACACUGUUAACUGUUAUUUAAACAAAGGUUUAACCAUACAAAAUCAGAAGUUUCACCAGGUUAGAAAUUAGAAAUAAGUAAACCUGUGAAAUAAGGCACUUUGCAAAGAAGUGACCCCUCAGAUCUUUUGCAUCACGAACUUCUAAGGUAAUUGCAAGAAUUAAUCAAGAUCUAUUCAUGAGAUUCUAUGAGUACAUGCUACAUGUAGUACCUGCAGUACAUAUAAAAUUCUUUAGGAUAAGGUACGAAAUAAUUAUUGGUACAACAGUGAUUUGUGAAGGUCUUUUUAACAGUUCUGUCUGGGCUCAUUUGCUAAAUUUUAAAAUUUAUUUGAACAAAAUGCAUUGUAAUGCAGUCAGGUGUAAACUUUGGUACAUAACCAGCAUUCCUGAUUUUAUAUUGACGAGAAAGAUGAACUAUACAGGCAAACAGCAAUUUAAAGGAGGUGCUAGAAGCUGUGGAAACGUAAAACAACCUGAGCCCAUGCAGCAUGAAGGGAUUGAAGGGAAUGCCAAAGUUGUCUGAAAGAAAGGAAGUACUAAAGUGAGCUGAUGUUUGUAUGUAGGGUUUGAGAUAAAUACUGACUGUUCUGUUGUAGUGUUUGACAUUUUAAAAAGAUGAUGAAAGUCUGAAGGGGCAAUGGAAAGUUGUUGGCUGAGAUUGGAGAGAGAAGAUUCUGCAGGAAGAGAAGAAAGCCCCUUGCUAUUUUACUUUGUUUUGGCUUUGUCAGAUGACCUGGCUGCAAGUAAUGAAGUUUAUGUGGAGAACGUAUAUAUUUGUGACAUAAAUCUUUAAUGGGUUAGAUGGAGCCAGGCUGCUGGAUGGUGUUUGGAGCCAAUGAAGUUAGAAGCACUUAAGACUUGAAGUUGCCCAUGCCAGCAGGGGAGCAGCAGUGGAUGGAAAACAGUCUCAGUGGGGCAGCUGGGGUGGGGAAGGCAGUGUGCUGCUCAUUCAGGAGCUGAGUUGUGAUUCCCAAAAGCAACCAAAUGGCUUCUCCUGUUGUGAAUUUUCUUAGGGUACUCUGUGUAGUGUUGCUUUUCGUUGAUUUAUGUCUUUUCUGUCAGUAUUUCAUUUUAAAAGAGAAAGGACUCAAAUGAGAUUCAUGUUUUGUUAGUUUUGGGAGUUCUGCAGCUGAGAAAAGAUAACUGAGAAGCAUGAAAACAACUUUCCCCAGGUGUGAGACAGAUCUGUGUGGAUACUUGUGGGCACUUGCAAGGGAAGGAUGAGAGAAGGAAGCAUGCAAACUUAGCUUUGUACCUGAGCAGCUCCACUGCCAUGCCAAGGUGUGCAGGCUUCUGGGGUUGACAGUGGGGAGCACUGGAGUGAGGCCAAUGGGUGGAACCUGUUUCUGCCAACACGACUGUUUGCACAGCACACACACGGCUACAUCCUGGUCGUUGCUGCCUGCCGUAUGUUGACAUUUCUGCUUUCAGCAGAUGCAAACUGCUCUUUGGAUAAUUCAAUACUGAUUUUUUUUCAUUUCUCUCGUAAAAGAUAAAUGCAGACCUAUUGCUUCCAUCUCUCCCUGAACCUCAGGAAGCUCGAAAGAUAAAUCUUAAAUUAUGAAUUCAGUGAAAGUUCCCAGACCUUUUCUUCAUGCUGUUGAAUAGAUUUUUGUCUUUCGCGUGAGACAGCAGCGUCAAUGACAGAGCAGUGUCAGAAAAACACUUUGAAAGAAAAUAAACUUUAAAACCAUGCGAGUAAAUCAAAGGCCUUGAUAAACCUGUGGCUGGGUUAGAGAGGGCUAUUUGGCCAUGUCACGUUUGUUUGGUAUGCAGCUAUGGUGAUGGAGGUGGAAAAAACCUAAAUUUUUAGAAGUACCUUAAAAUGGUGUGCUAUCUGUUGACAUGGGCUUCUUUGUCUAAAGAUUUCUGGAUGAUUUCACUUUGUGUGUGUGUGUGAUCUUUUGUUUAGCUAUUUCUGGUUUCAGAUGCAUGCAAUGGAUAUAAUAACCUCAGUGUUUGUUCACCUUUUUAACAGUCUUGCAGGACUGUGGUGAAAACAUGGCACGCCAGGCGCUGUGUCACAGGGAGGCUGAAGGAGCCUCAGCUCUACCAGUAGUUUUAUAGGAAGGUCACCUCUCUGCUUGAUAGGAAAGUCCACUUCUUCUCAGGAAAUAAUUUUCCAGUUACUUUUCCUUUGGCUCAUUCAGCAAUAUGCAGUGUUUAUACAGGGUGGAACAUUUCUCAUGCGAUCAAUGCGAUUGCAAUUACUUAUGCAGUUUAUCUGAAAGCACAGUGUGGGUGCAUGAAUUCACCACUACAGCAGAUAAUUUCCUUGCAGCAAGAAACAAAACGAAACAAAAAAUGGAGAAGGGAGGUGGAUUGUAACUAAAAGGAGAUUCUGAUGUACCAAUCACUCCUUGAAACUUUAAGUACCUGCUGCAAAAUGUGAACUCUCAUAAAGGUAUUUUGAACGGGCGUAACACAUCAAAUUAUAAACAAUUGUUACAUUCAAAAAAGUGUUUAUUUGUCAAUAUGUGAAACAUGUUCCUUCUUGCUUCAACAUCAGUUAAUGAACAAAUAGCACUACUUUGGAUUAUUAAAUGCAUUUUCCUGAAACCACCUUUUAAAAAUGUUCUAUUUAAAACGAACUUGAGAUGUAUAUAAAGGACAGUGUUCAAUUAGGCAGUCAAGUAGUCCGUAUAAACAGGGCUUUUCUGAGUCAGAGAAAGUGAAAUUGAUCUGAAUUCUCAGUAGAUGUUCUCAGUGUUCUAUUCCACGUUAUGUUUUCAGAAUGGGUGAAUACCUUUUACCCGGGCAGCGCUGAAUUCAAGUUUUUAGAGAGCUGUAAUAAUGGCAAGAGACAGUAUUUGUAGUUGAAAAGGAUACAGCUGCAGUUGGAGCAGAAAAUGGCAGAAACUGCCUCUAAUUUUCAAGAUCACAAUUAAGAUGAGGAAAAGCUCUUGUCUAGAUCUCUUCAAAGAGGUGAAGAUCUUCAGUUUGAUCAGUUGAUAAGCUCUAUGAGCUCAGUAGCAGAGCACUGUCUCCCCUCCUUGUUACGCACCUUGUUUGACUGGUACAGGCGUCAAAAUGGAACAGAAGAUGAAUCCUAUGAAUACAGACCUCGAUCUAGCACAAAAUCAAAGGGGGAUGACCAACAACGUGAAAGAGACUAUCUACUUGAAAGGAGGGACUUAGCUGUAGAUUUCAUUUUUUGUUUAGUUUUAAUAGAGGUUCUAAAACAGAUACCUGUUCAUCCAGUGCCAGAUCCUUUAGUACAUGAAGUUCUAAACUUGGCUUUUAAGCACUUUAAACAUAAGGAAGGGUAUUCAGGAACCAACACUGGGAACGUGCACAUUAUUGCAGACUUAUAUGCAGAAGUGACAGGGGUUCUUGCUCAAUCAAAGUUUCAAGCUGUUAGGAAGAAGUUUGUCACUGAAUUAAAAGAACUGCGGCAAAAAGAACAGAGUCCUCAUGUAGUACAAAGCAUCAUCAGUUUGAUUAUGGGAAUGAAGUUUUUUCGAGUAAAGAUGUAUCCCGUGGAGGAUUUUGAAGCAUCAUUUCAGUUCAUGCAGGAAUGUGCGCAGUACUUCCUGGAAGUAAAAGACAAAGACAUAAAGCAUGCACUUGCUGGUUUGUUUGUGGAAAUUCUUAUCCCUGUGGCUGCUGCUGUUAAAAAUGAAGUGAAUGUGCCAUGUUUGAAAAAUUUUGUGGAGAUGCUUUAUCAGACUACCUUUGACUUGAGCUCAAGAAAGAAGCAUUCGCUGGCUUUGUAUCCAUUGAUCACCUGCCUGUUGUGUGUCAGUCAGAAACAGUUUUUUUUAAAUAACUGGCACGUUUUCCUGCAGAACUGUUUGUCACAUCUAAAGAUGCCAUCUAACAACAGUAUCAGAAAACAAAUAGAAACACUGCAGAAUAAAGAUCCUAAAAUGUCCCGAGUUGCACUGGAAUCUUUGUAUAGGUUGUUGUGGGUUUAUGUUAUUAGAAUAAAAUGUGAAAGCAACACUGUAACUCAAAGUCGUCUCAUGAGCAUUGUAUCAGCACUUUUUCCAAAAGGAUCACGUAGUGUGGUCCCACGAGACACACCUCUGAAUAUAUUUGUGAAGAUUAUUCAGUUCAUUGCUCAGGAACGCUUGGAUUUUGCAAUGAAAGAAAUAAUAUUUGAUCUUCUUAGUGUUGGAAAAUCACCCAAAACCUUCACAAUUAAUCCAGAGAGGAUGAAUAUAGGCCUCAGAGUCUUCCUUGUCAUAGCAGAUAGUUUACAGCAGAAAGAUGGUGAACCACCAAUGCCAACAACAGGAGUUGUCCUUCCCUCAGGAAAUACUCUGCGUGUGAAGAAAAUUUUUCUUAAUAAAACACUGACAGAUGAGGAAGCAAAAGUUAUAGGAAUGUCAAUCUACUAUCCUCAAGUCAGAAAAGCUCUGGACAGCAUUCUUAGGCAUUUGGACAAAGAAGUUGGAAGGCCCAUGUGCAUGACUAGCGUGCAGAUGUCCAAUAAAGAACCUGAGGACAUGAUUACGGGUGAAAGAAAACCUAAGAUAGAUUUAUUCAGAACUUGUAUUGCUGCUAUUCCAAGAUUGAUUCCAGAUGGUAUGAGCAGGACUGACCUCAUUGAAUUGCUUGCAAGGCUGACAAUUCAUAUGGAUGAAGAACUUCGUGCCUUGGCUUUCAAUACCCUCCAAGCAUUAAUGCUUGAUUUUCCAGAUUGGCGAGAAGAUGUUCUUUCAGGAUUUGUAUACUUUAUUGUGCGUGAAGUGACUGACAUCCACCCAACGCUUCUUGACAAUGCAGUAAAGAUGUUAGUGCAACUCAUAAAUCAGUGGAAACAAGCAGCCCAAAUGCAUAAUAAAACCCAAGAUUCUCAGCGUGGUGUCUCCAGUGGGGCUGCCCAUACCCUUCCUCUGGAGAGGACCCUUUAUUCCAAUGUAUUUCAUGUGGUGGAAGGCUUUGCUUUGGUCAUUCUUUGCAGCACAAGGCCUGCAACAAGAAGAUUAGCAGUCAGCGUGCUUAGAGAAAUAAGGGCCUUGUUCACACUUCUAGAAAUUUCUAAGAGUGAUGAUGAAUUGGCUAUAGAUGUAAUGGACAGACAAAGUGCUUCUAUCCUGGAGAGUUUCAUACAUCUCACUGGUGCUGAUCAGACUACUUUACUAUACUGUCCCAGUUCAGUAGAUUUACAGACUUUGGCUGACUGGAGUUCCUCUCCAAUCAGCCACCAGUUUGAUGUGGUCAGUCCAUCACAUAUAUGGAUAUUUGCACAUGUGACUCAAGGCCAAGAUCCGUGGAUUAUAAGCCUUUCAAGUUUUAUGAAGCAGGAAAAUCUUCCAAAACACUGCCCGACAGCUGUAAGCUAUGCUUGGAUGUUUGCUUAUACCAGACUCCAGAUGCUGUCUCCACAAGUGGAUAUAAACAGCCCUAUCAAUGCAAAGAAAGUGAAUACGACUACAAGCAGUGACUCCUACAUUGGGCUCUGGAGAAACUACCUGAUCCUUUGCUGCAGCGCAGCAUCGUCUUCAAGCUCCUCUACUUCCACUGGCUCUGUGAGAUGUUCCCCUCCUGAGACGCUGGCGUCUACCCCUGACAGUGGUUAUAGCAUUGAUUCAAGAAUCAUUGGCAUUCCAUCCCCUUCUUCCUUGUUUAAACACAUAGUUCCAAUGAUGCGCUCUGAGAGCAUGGAAAUUACAGAAUCCCUUGUGCUGGGACUUGGCAGGACCAACCCAGGAGCUUUUAGGGAACUAAUAGAGGAAUUACAUCCUAUAAUUAAGGAAGCACUUGAAAGAAGGCCAGAGAACAUGAAACGGCGCAGGCGUCGGGAUAUUUUACGUGUACAACUAGUACGAAUAUUUGAACUGUUGGCAGAUGCUGGUGUCAUUAGUCACAGUGCAAGUGGUGGCCUUGAUAAUGAAACACAUUCCCUCAACAACACUUUACUUGAGUAUGUUGAUCUCACAAGACAACUCCUAGAAGCAGAAAAUGAAAAGGAUUCUGAUACAUUGAAAGAUAUCCGAUGCCAUUUUAGUGCCUUAGUGGCAAAUAUCAUUCAAAAUGUUCCAGUCCACCAGAGAAGAAGUGUCUUUCCACAGCAAAGUCUCCGCCACAGUCUAUUUAUGUUGUUCAGUCAUUGGGCAGGUCCUUUUAGUAUCAUGUUUACUCCCCUGGAUAGAUACAGUGAUAGGAACAUGCAAAUCAACAGACACCAAUACUGUGCAUUAAAGGCUAUGUCUGCUGUACUGUGUUGUGGCCCUGUGGCAGAUAAUGUUGGGCUCUCAUCUGAUGGCUAUUUAUACAAAUGGCUGGAUAAUAUUCUGGAUUCACAGGAUAAGAAGGUUCACCAGCUGGGCUGCGAGGCAGUUACGCUGCUCUUGGAACUCAACCCUGACCAGAGUAACCUCAUGUACUGGGCCGUAGACCGGUGCUAUACAGGUUCCAAGCGGGUAGCAGCUGGCUGCUUUAAAGCCAUAGCCAGUGUGUUCCAAAACAGGGAUUACCAGUGUGAUACAGUGACCCUUCUAAAUCUGAUACUGUUUAAAGCAGCUGAUUCUACUAGGGCUAUCUAUGAAGUUGCUAUGCAACUAUUACAGAUCUUGGAACCAAAGAUGUUCCGUUAUGCUCACAAACUGGAAGUUCAGAGGACGGAUGGAGUUUUGGGUCAGCCUUCUCCUUUACCACAUCUGUAUUCUGUGUCAUACUAUCAACUGUCAGAAGAAUUGGCAAGGACUUAUCCUGAGCUAACUCUUGCCAUCUUCUCAGAAGUAAGCCAGAGAAUCCAAACGGCUCACCCAGCUGGGAGACAGGUGAUGCUGCAUUAUCUGCUGCCAUGGAUGAACAAUAUUGAGCUGGUAGACUUGAAACCUUUGCCAACCAUUCGGCGGCAAGAUGAAGAUGAAGAAGAUUCUUUGAAGGAUAGAGAAAUAAUGGUGAACAGUAGGCGCUGGCUACGAGGAGAAGGCUGGGGAUCACCGCAGGCUACAGCCAUGGUCCUGAACAACCUUAUGUAUAUGACUGCAAAGUAUGGUGAUGAAGUGGCUUGGUCUGAGAUUGAAAAUGUCUGGACAACUUUGGCAGACAGCUGGCCAAAGAAUCUGAAAAUAAUUUUGCACUUCCUGAUCAGUAUCUGUGGAGUGAACAGUGAACCCAGCCUUUUGCCUUAUGUAAAGAAAGUUAUUGUUUAUUUGGGUAGAGACAAAACAAUGCAACUACUGGAAGAGCUGGUGAGUGAACUUCAGCUUACAGAUCCUGUCAGUUCAGGAGUCACCCAUAUGGAUAAUCCACCAUACUACCGCAUUACUUCCAGCUAUAAAAUCCCUUCUGUCACUUCAGGUACCACUUCUAGUAGCAAUACAAUGGUAGCUCCUACAGAUGGCAACCCUGACAGUAAACAUAUAAAAGACAGCAUUGAAGAGAAUUAUGCACAUCUAGACAUCUACAGUGGGUUGAACAGUAACUUAAACCGUCAGCACCACAGACUGGAAUCUCGCUACAGCAGCAGCUCUGGAGGAUCAUAUGAAGAGGAAAAAAGUGAUUCAAUGCCUCUGUAUUCAAAUUGGCGGUUGAAGGUGAUGGAGCACAAUCAAGGAGAGCCUCUCCCUUUUCCACCCACUGGAGGUUGCUGGUCACCCUUAGUGGAUUACUUGCCUGAGACAACUUCUCCAGGCAUGUCUCUGCACAGAUGCAACAUAGCAGUGAUCCUUUUGACUGACUUGAUAGUUGACCACAGUGUGAAAGUGGAAUGGGGAGGUUACUUGCAUCUUUUGCUUCAUGCCAUUUUUAUAGGUUUUGACCACUGUCACCCUGAAGUUUAUGAGCAUUGUAAACGACUGCUUUUGCAUCUGUUGAUAGUGAUGGGAUCUGGCAGUAAUGUCCAAUCAGUUGCUUCUGUCCUACUCAGAAACAGAGAGUUCAAUGAGUCCAGGAUGCUUACUGUCAAGCAAACUACACAUUUAGAUUAUACUUUUACAGCAGGUGUUCAUGAUUUUAUACCUGAUUACCAGCCCUCCCCAAUGACUGACUCAGGGCUUAGUUCAAGUUCUACCUCUUCUAGCAUCAGCUUAGGAAAUACGAGUGCUGCCAUGUCUCAUAUGCACACCACCAUCCUCAACGAGGUUGACAUUUCAGUAGAGCAGGAUGAAAAAGUAAAAACUCUCAUAGAAUUCAUUACCUCAAGGAAAAGAGGGCCACUUUGGAAUCAUGAAGAUGUUUCGGCUAAGAACCCUAGUAUAAAGAGUGCUGAACAGUUAACUGUAUUUUUAAAGCAUGUGGUAUCUAUAUUUAAACAGUCUAGCUCAGGAGGAUUUCAAUUGGAACACUGUCUCAGUGAAGUUGCUUUGCAAACUGCUCUUUCGUGUUCCUCUCGACACUAUGCCGGGAGAUCCUUUCAGAUCUUCAGGGCUCUGAAGCAGCCUCUUACUGCAUCUACGCUUUCUGAUGUUCUCUCCAGAUUAGUAGAAACUGUUGGAGAUGCAGGAGAAGAAGCUCAGGGUUUUGUCAUAGAACUGCUUCUGACUUUAGAAUCUGCUAUUGAUACGUUGGCUGAAACCAUGAAGCAUUAUGAUCUGCUUUCUGCUCUUUCUCAAACCUCAUACCAUGAUUCUGUAAUGGGGAACAAGUAUGCAGCUAAUAGGAAAAGCACUGGACAGAUAAAUCUAAGCACAAGUCCCAUUAACAGUGGCAGUUGUUUGGGAUACUACAACAAUACAAGAAGUAAUUCUUUGAGACUGAAUUUGAUCAGUGAGAGGAGAGGUGACCGUCGACGGAGCAACACACUGGAUAUAAUGGAUGGAAGGAUAAAUCAUGGUGGAAGUUUGGCCAGGACUAGAAGCCUUUCCUCCCUGAGAGAGGGAGGGAUGUAUGAUGUGCAGCCAACUACUGAUCCUGUCAAUCUGAUGGCCACCAUAUUUUGGAUUGCAACUUCAUUGCUAGAGUCAGACUAUGAGUAUGAGUACCUUUUGGCUCUCAAGCUGCUCAACAAACUUCUCAUUCACUUGCCUCUGGAUAAAUUGGAGAGUCGGGAAAAGAUAGAAAAGGUGCAGAAUAAACUGAAAUGGAAUAACUUUCCAGGCCUUCAGCAGCUUUUCCUAAAAGGCUUUACUUCAGCAUCCACACAAGAAAUGACCGUUCACCUCCUCAGUAAACUCAUCACAAUUUCCAGGCAUGCUUUGGUGGAUCCUUCUCAGCUAGCAGGAUUUCCCCUAAACAUCUUGUGCCUACUUCCUCAUCUGAUUCAACAUUUUGAUAACCCAACUCAGUUCUGUAAGGAAACAGCUGACAGGAUAGCAAAGGUUUGUGCAGAGGAGAAAUCACCAACUCUUGCCAAUCUGGCUCAUAUGAUGAGUUUAUACAGUACACACAGUUAUUCCAGGGACUGUUCUAACUGGAUUAAUGUUGUGUGUAGAUAUUUGCAUGACUCCUUCUCAGAUGCCACCUUUAACCUUGUAACUUAUCUUGCAGAGUUGUUAGAGAAAGGGUUAUCCAGUAUGCAGCAAUCCUUGCUACAGAUCAUUUACAGUCUUCUGAGUCAUAUUGACCUGUCCACAGCACCAGUGAAGCAGUUUAAUUUGGAAAUCAUUAAAGUUAUUGGUAAAUAUGUUCAGAGCCCAUAUUGGAAGGAAGCACUCAAUAUCUUGAAACUGGUGGUGUCUAGAUCAGCAAGCCUCGUUGUACCUAGUGAUAUUCCAAAAUCUUAUGGAGGUGACAUAGGUUCUCCUGAAAUCUCCUUCACGAAAAUUUUUAAUAAUGUUUCCAAGGAGCUACCUGGCAAGACCUUGGAUUUUCAUUUUGAUAUAUCAGAGACACCAAUUAUUGGGAAUAAAUACGGUGAUCAACACAGUGCUGCUGGUAGAAAUGGGAAGCCGAAAGUCAUUGCUGUCACCCGGAGCACUUCUUCAACUUCAUCAGGCUCCAAUUCAAAUGCGUUAGUUCCUGUCAGCUGGAAGAGACCACAGCUAUCUCAGAGAAGAACCAGGGAGAAGCUCAUGAAUGUGCUUUCUCUGUGUGGUCCCGAAUCUGGUCUUCCCAAGAAUCCUUCAGUUGUGUUUUCCUCUAACGAAGACUUGGAAGUUGGAGAUCAACAAACCAGUCUUAUUUCAACAACGGAAGAAGUGAUUCAAGAGGAGGAAGUGGCUGUAGAAGACAAUACCAGUGAACAACAGUUUGGAGUUUUUAAAGACUUUGACUUUUUAGAUGUUGAAUUGGAAGAUGCGGAGGAGCUGCAGGGUGAAAGCAUGGACAACUUCAACUGGGGUGUUCGUAGGCGCUCUCUUGACAGUAUUGACAAAGGAGACACACCAUCUCUUCAAGAAUGUCAGUACUCUGGUAGCACACCCAGCUUGAACCUGACCAACCAGGAAGAUACUGAUGAGUCUUCAGAAGAAGAAGCAGCACUGACUGCAAGUCAGAUACUGUCUCGCUCACAGAUGUUAAACAGUGAUUCUGCCAUAGAUGAAACAAUAUCUGAUCAUGCUGGCUUAUCACUUCAGUCACAGGAUUCCACUAGCAGUGUGGGAACGGAAGAGGUGCUUCAAAUCAGAACUGAGACCCCAAGUUUGGAGGCGUCUCUAGAUAACUCUAGCAACCAGCUGCCUGAGGAAGGCUGUUCAGCAAUAAGGGAUGAACAGGUCAGCACUGCUAGUGAAGACACUGGGUCAUAUCUACUACAAGAACAGCAAGACUGUCUGGUCUGUCAUGAACCUCUUGAGUUGGAAGAGACCCCAGAACUGGCAGAGCCUGCAGCUCCAGAGAGCUAUUGUGAAUCUAUCUGUGAAGAAGAUGUCACUCUGGCUUUGAAAGAACUGGAUGAGAGAUGUGAAGAAGAAGAAGCUGACUUCUCUGGUUUGUCUAGCCAAGAUGAAGAAGAACAGGAUGGUUUCCCAGAAGUACAAACCUCUCCACCUCCUUCACCAUUUCUUUCUGCCAUAUUGGCAGCUUUUCAACCAGUGGCGUAUGAUGAUGAAGAGGAAGCCUGGCGUUGCCAUGUCAAUCAAAUGCUAUCUGAUACAGAUGGUUCAUGUGCUGUCUAUACAUUUCAUGUCUUCUCAAGAUUAUUUCAGACCAUUCAGAGAAAGUUUGUAGCUAUAACAAAUGAUUCAGUCAGCUUUCUUGGAGAAAGUCUACAGCGCAUUGGAAAGAAAUUCAAGAGUUCACUGGAAGUGAUGAUGUUAUGUUCAGAAUGCCCAACAGUCUUUGUGGAUGCAGAAACGCUAAUGUCUUGUGGCCUGCUGGAAACAUUGAAGUUCAGUGUUCUAGAACUCCAAGAACAUUUGGAUACUUAUAAUGUCAAAAGAGAGGCUGCAGAACAGUGGCUAGCUGACUGCAAAAGAACGUUUGGCACUGAUGAUGGCAUUCAUGGCACUAACACAGAUGCCCAGCAAAUGGAAAUUCUAGCAGAACUGGAGUUAUGUCGGAGGCUAUACAAGUUGCAUUUCCAGUUGCUGCUUCUGUUCCAAGCCUACUGCAAACUUAUCAGCCAAGUAAACACAAUCAAAAAAGAAGCAGAGGUCAUAAACAUGUCUGAGGAACUUGCUCUUCUGGAGAGCUGUCUGAAAGAGGCUGAGGCUGCAUCUGACAGUGGUAUCGAGGAAAUUGAAAUUGCAGAAGCUUCCCAAGCUAGCACAGAAACAGCGAUUCACUCUCUCAUUGAAGCCCUGAGAAGCAAGGAGUUUGUGUCAGCCGUAGCACAGGUCAAGGCUUUCAGAUCCAUUUGGCCCCACGACAUCUUUGGCAGUUCGGAAGACGACCCGAUCCAAACACUGCUGCACAUAUAUUUCCGUCACCAGACACUUGGUCAGACCGGGAGCUUUGCAGUAGUGGGCUCCAACCAGGAUAUGUCUGAGGCCAGCUCGAAGCUGAUGGAACUUAACCUAGAAAUUCGAGAGUCUCUACGCAUGGUGCAAUCCUAUCACCUUCUAGGGAAAAUCAAACCAGGAGUCAGUCUUGUGAGCACUGGAUUCUGAACAGCUGUCAUUUAGAAGAGAACUGAUUCUGAAGAUGCUUCGGACUAUUAUUGAGCACCUUUCAUUUAAAAACAAACAAACAAACAACAAAAACCAUGAAAAAGAAACUCUCCAGCAAUCCUGACAAAUGACCCGGUUUCAUCACAGCAAGAACUUAUUUCUUCAGAAGUAAAAAAAUCUGAAAAUUGAAGUUAACAUCUUACUUAACUGCUUUUUCUACACAGUAGCUGUGUGGCAGUAGUAUUUUUUUAAUUAAAUGUAUGUAUAAAACCUACAUGAAAGGAAAAGGGCUUAAAUGUAAUGCAUACAUAUGCAUUAUUUUCUGUCGUAACAGAACUAUACGUGGUGUUUGCAGUAACAGCCUCUAAACGUUGAAUCAGUACUGCAGGUGGGAUGAGGCUAAAAUCAAGGCUGGUUUAUUUUGGCUGAAGACCUGCAAGGCUCCCUGGCUUUCCAGCAGCAGUAGAUAUAAUCAUCAGCUGAUACCUAAUGAGACACUUUGCAGCAUCAUGAAGAGCGUGCGGUCGACUAUGAGUAGGAUGGCUUCUGACUGCAAAAACCAUUGACUUCUCGGUGUUUUGUUUUGUUGUCCGUAACGAGGAAACGAUGUGUGUGAGUUGGUAUGUGUGGCUAUGUGACAGUUGUUUUUUGGAGGUAUGGAUGAUUGUUAAAUGAGGUCUCAGAGCAUGCUUAUAAGAGCUGCAAGAUUAUUUUUGAAGAAAUUUUAUUUUAUUAGAUCUAAUCCUCAUAGCGUGUAAAUGUUAGGACAUUUAAUAAUAUUUUAAACUGGGAUUUCCCAGUGUUUCUAAAAGAAAUAAUAUAUCUGUUAACUUUAUUGGAAUGCUGCUCAGUUCUCUGAUCAGUGCUUAUGUUACAAAUAUUGAUAACAACUAACCAAAAAGUAGCUGCCUGCAGAGACUUUAAAAUGUAUAUUAAAGAUAUAUGCUGCCCAUCAGCAAUUCUCAUUAGAAGUUAACUUAUUUUAUUCUGUAUAUAUUCUAGAAACUGUAUAGUGCAAAACCAGUAUUUUUCUUGUAAAUUUGUGCAAUGCACUGUUAAGACAUUAGGUGUGUAUAAAGCUGAGGGGAAGGGGAGUUCUCACUAUUGGUAGUCACAUAUGUGACUUGCAGUCUGAGUCGCCUGCAGGGUUCAAACAAAGUCUGAAUGCACAUACAUGGCUCAAGUUAAGCCUAAGGAAUUGGGACUAUACAGACAAAAGGACUGCCUCCCAAACCAUGCGAACAGGCAAUAUUCUUCUAGUUCAGUGUCAAAGUCUGUAGCAUAAAACAAACUGGAUUCUGUUGAAACCAACAGCAUUUUGUAAAAAAAGAAAAAAUAAUAAAAAGAAAAAAAGAAAAAAGAAAAAGAAGAAAAAAAAAAGAAUGUAGUCCCACCAUUCCUGUGAUUUGAAAGGAACACCCUGUAUUUUUAUAUACAUCUCUUACCCACUGUGAUUUUUUUUUUUUUAAUGGGCUCUAAUUCCAGAGUUUAGAAUGUAGAACUGAAAUUCUUAGCUCUGCCUUUCUGGGGGAAUUCGACCCCACUAGAAAUGUAAUUAACUGUACUGAAGCGCAUUAACUGAAGGCACUGUGCACACUGUUGGGCUGCUGACAGUAGUUACGUUAUCCUAACAAGCUCUGUAACCAGUCGAGGCACAUCCAUAAAUCACUGUAUUUUUUUUUCCUGACCCUGAUAAAAAUUGAAUUAUUUUGGUGGUUUUGUGGUACUGUAGAUGGUGUUCUUAAUUAUUUAAUAAGUAUUUACAGGGGGGGAUAAGUAGUUCUAUUUAGUGGCGCAUUACACUUUUAUUUACAUCAUCUUUUACCAGCUUUUUUUUUUUUUGUAAAAAUAAAAGACAUUGUAUCUGUCA